AUGCACACCACAGCGCCAGGCCUGGCCCAGGCGAGAACAGAGGGGAAAAUGUCUGGCAUCCCGACGCCCAAGUUCGUGCUGCGCGGACACGGAGCCGCCGUCCACGCAGCCUCGUUUGUGCGGCAAAACGCGCGCCUGGCCACCGGCGACGCCGAAGGGUUCGUGGUGCUAUGGGACCUCGUCGUCAUGAGAGCCACAGCCGUGUGGAGGGCGCACAGGAAUGCCAUACUCGGCGUACGGGGCUGGGGCGACGACAAGGUCAUGACUCAUGGCCGGGACCACAGGCUUGUUGUCUGGAAAAUCGCAGAGCAGGACGAGAGCCAUCUGAGCUCGGCGCUGCCGCUGGAAGGACUCGCGGUGCAUCGGCCCCAGCCCUGGAUGCUGCACCUGCUGGAAGUCAACACCAUGAAUUUUUGCUCCUUCGCGGCCUGUCCGUCCAGCAGCACCGAGUACUCUCGGUUUCUCGGCCCCGUGUCCGAAGUCCUCGUGGCUGUUCCAAACACACUCGCAUCCGAGGCGGUCGACAUCUACACGCUGCCCUCGCAGAAGCGCACCCACACGGUUCAGCCCGGGUCGGCAAAUGGGAUGGCCAUGGGUCUGUGUCUGUUUCACCAGCACGGCCUCUUGACGCUGCUCGCUGCUUUCGAGAACGGAUACGUGUCGGUCCACCAGCUGCAACCUACGGGGGGCUGGGCCACGGCGUAUCGAGCUCGGGCGCACUCGCAACCAGUCUUGUCCGUGGACGUGCGUCCCGACCUGAGCUGUUUCUACAGCGCUGGGGCCGACUCCGUCAUCGCCAAGCACCCCCUUCCCGUCGCCACUCCUGCCGCGUCGCCAGAAACCCCCGGGCCAUCCAGCCCGGCCGAGCGCGUCGCCGAAGAGGCUGCCGCGGCUGGCUCGCAAGGGGCCUCCCUGCUCUCCCAGGCCUUGCUGGACGAGGCUCGAGGCAACAGGAGAACCGAGCCGCCAGACAGUUGCUGCCGAGAGCCCCGGAAAGUCGUCAACACGAGGCACGCGGGACAGCAGAGUCUGCAAGUCCGCUCCGACGGCGGCAUCUUGGCAACGGCCGGCUGGGACUCCAAGGUGCGCAUAUACUCGUGCAAGACGCUCAAGGAGCUGGCCGUUCUCAAGUGGCACAAACAAGGCGCGUACGCGCUCGCUUUCUCGGACGUGGGCGCAGCCGAGCCGCGCACGGCUCAGGCAGCCGGCACGGGCGCCUGCGUCGACCAAGGCCGGAUGAGCGUCAUGGACCGACGGAGCCACCGCGUCAAAAUCGCGCACUGGGUGGCCGCGGGCGCCAAGGACGGCAAAGUCAGUCUGUGGGAUAUAUACUAG